UUUCCCAGCAGGCCGUGUGGCGCGCUGGCGCAGAGAAGCCGGGCCCCAAGGAGCGGUAACCGUAGACAGUCGCGCGGAGUCCCUGAGCUCCUAGCAGAGUGUCGUGGCUCUGGGCAGGUUAGUGUCCGGCAGGCUGCAGGCUGAGCGGCCAGUCCACUUCCAGCGGAGCGGAGCCAAGGGCGGGAGCCGGGCCUCAGCAUGGCCGCGAACUAUUCUACCACAGGUACCAGGAGAGAACAUGUCAAAAUUACAUCAGACCCCCAGCCAGGCUUCCUGGAGCGGCUGAGCGAAACCUCAGGGGGCAUGUGUGUGGGGCUCAUGACCUUCCUGCUCUCUUUCUAUUUAAUUUUUACCAAUGAGGGCCGUGCACUGAAGACAGCGACCUCUCUGGUGGAGGGGCUGUCGCUGGUGGUGUCCCCAGAUAGCAUCCACAGCGUGGCCCCUGAGAACGAGGGCAGACUGGUGCACAUUAUCGGGGCGCUUCGGACAUCCAAGCUCUUGUCUGACCCAAACUAUGGGGUGCAUCUUCCGGCGGUGAAGCUGCGGAGGCAUGUUGAGAUGUACCAGUGGGUGGAGACCGAGGAGUCCAGGGAGUACAGCGAGGACGGACAGGUGAAGAAGGAGACGCGGUACUCCUACAAUACCGAGUGGCGAUCAGACAUUGUCAACAGCAGGAACUUCGAUAGGGAGAUUGGCCAUAAAAACCCCAGUGCCAUGGCGGUGGAGUCCUUCACGGCCAUGGCCCCCUUUGUCCAGAUUGGCAGGUUUUUCCUCUCGUCAGGCCUCAUAGAAAAAAUCAACAACUUCAAGCCACUCAGCCUGUCCAAGCUGGAGGACCCCCAGGUGGACAUCAUCCGCCGAGGGGACUUUUUCUACCACAGUGAAAACCCCAAGUACCCAGAGGUGGGAGACCUGCGCGUCUGCUUUUCCUACGCAGGACUGAGCAGUGACGACCCUGACCUGGGCCCAGCCCACGUGGUCACAGUGAUUGCCCGGCAGCGGGGUGACCAGCUUGUCCCUUACUCUACCCGGUCGGGGGAGACCUUGCUGCUCUUGCACCAUGGGGACUUCUCGGCAGAGGAGGUGUUUCGCAGAGAACACAGGAGCAACUCCAUGAAGACCUGGGGCCUGAGGGCGGCUGGCUGGCUGGCCAUGUUCAUGGGCCUCAACCUCAUGACUCGGAUCCUCUACACCCUGGUGGACUGGUUUCCCAUCUUCCGAGACCUGGUCAACAUCGGCCUGAAAGCCUUUGCCUUCUGCAUGGCCACCUCACUGACCCUACUGACAGUGGCCGCCGGUUGGCUCUUCUACCGGCCCUGGUGGGCACUCCUCUUCGGCUGCCUGGCCCUGGUGCCCAUCCUCAUUGCCCGGACACGGGUGCCUGCCAAAAAGCUGGAGUGAGGGAAGCCCUGGUGUCUACCUGCCCCCUGUGGGAGCCUCGGGGCCCAGGUCGCCCCACACCAGCUCCAUCCCUGAACCUCAGGGGCAGACUUGGAUUCUUGGAUUCUGCUCCCACUGCUCUUCCAAGGGGCAUACCCGGCAGUAUGCCCAUUGGGCUUGGGGUUCACAGGUUUGCCUCUCCUCUUUUCUUGCUGUAAGCAGCUUGGUGAGCAUGGCAGCUCAAGGGUGGUGACCCGAUAAGCUGGGUGCAGCAAUGACACUCCAGUGACCUGCUGACAGCAGGGGUAGCCUCGUCACUCUGCACUUCUCAAGUGCCAUGACUGCACAAUCCUGUCACAUCCUCGAGCCCAGAGGACAGCCUUCAGGGGCACCAGACACACUAAGCGCUCGCCUGGGGUGCAGGUGUGCCCAGACCAGGUCUGUGCAUAAAAUGCAAUCGGGUACUUAACAGUCACUCCAGAUGUCACACUGAACAGAAAAGCAUGUCUGCUGGCUUUACAUCCCUGCAGUCUGGCAGGGCAGGGUCCUUUCAUCGGGUGAGACCUCCAAAGCCUUAUUUCCUUUUUCCUUUGUUAUUUCACUUCUAUCCCAAGUCAUCAAAGGCCUAAAAAAAGACUAAACCUCCUGAACAGUGGACCUCUGUUAUAGAUGACAGCCUUGAGUCUGUCGGUUGAGAUUAAUUCAGAGCACAGGAAGCUGCUGAACUGGGUGUGACUCAGCUGAAGUGAAAGUGUGGUACAAAGCUUUGAGCGGCUUUUGCAACAAAGUGUCAGCAAAGGGAUUCACUUUUCCUGCUCCUGACAAUGGUUUGAGCUUGUAGUCAGCCAUCACAGGAAGGGGCUGGAAGCUCUGUACCAAGUUCGCUCCUCUGUGCUGACCCAGCCAGUCACAUCUGAGAGCAAGAGGGCAAGGGUUGGUGCAGGAAGCCAUCUGCCUUACGUGCCUUUCAUCCUGGGAGCGCCGGGCUUCAACUGGCUGCUUCUGCAUGAUUCUUUUGGGUGUUUAGCAUCCAUCGCUUGACUUGUCCUAAAUAAAACUAACCCACACUCAAGUCACAGUUCCCAAGCUUUUCAGCUCCCUCUUAAGGUUGUUAACCUUGAUGGUUUAACCAUAUGUUUUACAGUCUGUCUUGUAUGCUAGUGAGCUGUUUUGCCCUUGCCGGGAGUGGUUGCUUGGGCAAGUGCUUGGUAGCUUCCCCAGGAGGAGAACCUCUAAGGGUGGUGCUCUGUAGAACUCUCCCCCUGUCCCACUGUCUGCACUGUGCACAGGGAUUCUUCACGUUACAGCCAGCACCUGAGGGGAGUUCUCUGGGCUUAGGACUGAAAGAGAAAUAUUGUCCACGACUGCUUAGCAAAUCACUACUUUCAACACAUGCUUUUGGGAAACAGGCAGUACAAUUAGAUGAUGACUAAAUAUGAAGAAAAUUUUUCUUAUAUGGAUUUAAAGUGCCAAUUUCAAAAGUGCAGCAAAAAAAGUGUUGAGUAAUUUGAAGGUUUUGGGAAACCACAAGAUUUGUAUUUUUAUCUUUGUAUUUUUGUAAAAAUGCAAAAUAAAUUUUCAGUAUCUCUUGGUAUGACUUUACCAUUUUCCUGGUUUCGGUGGGCCGUCAAUUUUAUUAAGAAGUGUAUGAAUCUCUGUAACUCACUUCUAAGUUGCUCUGCAAGAUUAAGACAGGUGUCAGUUUAACACCCGAGCACUCUGGGCACUGGGGAGCCUGCUGGUUGUGGCUGUUGACAGUGCAUGACUCAUGCUCCAGGCACCUUUAGAAUGUGCUCGGAGAUGCACGGGUGGAGGGGCAAGCUCUUGGCUGGCACAGACCUGAGUUUCAAGCCCCACAUUGGUCAGUUUGGCUCAUGAUGUCUGGCGAAUUGGAGAUCUCUGGGCCUGUUUCCUCAUCUGUAAACUGGGGACAGUACCUACCUCAUGAGGUUGUGAAGACUAAAGAUUAAGCCCGUAAAAUGCCUGACACGUGGCGCUUCCACUCCUUUUGCUUUAGUGGUCAGGAAGUAGGGGCUGCUGCUAUCCACCCUGAUGCCAGCAGUUAAAUCACUUGCUUUAGCUACAAGCGUGGGAGAACUUUCUAAAGCCUACUCCUAAGUUUCUCAAGACAGACCUACUUCAUUUCAUCUCCAUAAUGCCUCCCAGAAGCUGACCUUGCCUGAAGAGGUUAUUUCUAGAGGUUAUUUCUCCAGACUGGGCAGUAGCCUCAUCUGAGAACAGAACACAAGCACCCACCCCUAGGAGGUGGCUCAGGCAUGCUUGUGUGGAAAUGCAGUCUCCAUAGCAACCCGGCCUGUUUCCACCACACAGCCAGCAGUGCUCUCUGGCUGCUGAGUCACACCCAGGGUUUUGUUUGUCCCUUGGAUAAAAGUGACUCAAUGUUGUAGUUAAAGAUGCCUCUCAAAGAUUAACAUCAUCUUGCUUAAGAAAAAAAAAACUUCCAGGUGUGUAUAAUGAGCUCCUGGCCCAUGUGAAAACAAAACCUCAUCUUUUCUGUCAACAUGCUCUUGUUGGUGUUCUUGGAAAAAUCUGGAAAAAAACCCUCCAUACGCCUAAGUAAAAUAAAUCAGAUACAUAUG